AGUUCAACACUUCAUAUUCAUCAGAGGAGCCACACUGGAGAGAAAUCUUAUAGAUGUAAGGAAUGUGGCAAGUCAUUUAACAAGGCCUCGAAUUUUAAAAUUCAUCAGAGGAGCCACAUUGGAGAGAAACUUUACAAAUGUCAUAUAUGUGACAAGUCAUUUACACAGAGCUCAACAGUUCAAAAUCAUAAAAGAAUACAUACUGGAUUGAAGCCUUACAAAUGUAAGGUAUGUGGAAAGUCCUUUACUCAUAGCUCAACACUUAAAGUUCAUCAAAGAUUACACACUGGAGAAAAACCUCAUAAAUGCACUGUAUGUGGAAAGUCCUUUAUUGUAGUCCCAAAACUUAAAGUUCAUCAAAGAAUACACACUGGAGAAAAACCAUACAAAUGUUCAGAUUGUGGCAAGUCCUUUACUCAUAGUUCACCACUUCAAAUUCAUCAAAGAAUGCACACUCGAGAGAAACCUUACCAAUGUAAAGAAUGUGGAAUGUCUUUUAUUCUAGGGUCAAAACUUAAAGUUCAUCAAAGAAUACACACUGGAGAAAAACCUUACAAAUGUUCAGAUUGUGGAAAGUCCUUUACUCAGUAUUCAAAUCUUCAUGUUCAUCAAAGAAUACACACUGGAGAGAAACCCUAUAAAUGUUCAGAUUGUGGCAAGUCCUUUACUAGGAGGUCAACACUUCAUUUUCAUCAAAGAAUACACACUGGAGAGAAACCUUAUAAAUGUUCAGAUUGUGGCAAGUCCUUUACUUGGUGGUCAACACUUCAUGUUCAUCAAAGAAUACACACGGGAGAAAAACCUUACAAAUGUUCAGAUUGUGGAAAGUCCUUUACUCAGUAUUCAAAUCUUCAUGUUCAUCAAAGAACACACACGGGAGAGAAAUCUUAUAAAUGUUCAGAUUGUGGCAAGUCCUUUACUCAGAGGUCAAUAUUUCAUGUUCAUCGAAGAAUACACACUGGAGAGAAACCUUAUAAAUGUUCAGAUUGUGGCAAGUCCUUUACUCGGAGGUCAACACUACAUGUUCAUCAAAGAAUACACACUGGAGAGAAACCUUAUAAAUGUUCAGAUUGUGGCAACUCCUUUACUAGGAGGUCAACACUUCAUGUUCAUCAAAGAAUACACACUGGAGAGAAACCUUAUAACUGUUCAGAUUGUGGCAAGUCCUUUUCUCAGAGGUCAACACUUCAUGUUCAUCAAAGAAUACACACGGGAGAAAAACCUUACAAAUGUUUAGAUUGUGGAAAGUACUUCACUCAUAGGUCAAGUUUUUAUAUUCAUCAAAGAAUACAUACAGGAGUAAAACCUUAGAGAUGUAAAGAAUGUGACAAGUUCAUUGGGCAGAUCUCACAUCUACAAAGACAUCCCAAACUCCACACAGGAGGAAAACAUUACAGAUGUAAAGAAUGUGGCAAGUACUUUAAUGGGCCUCAACACUUCAAGUCCUUCAAAGAAUCCAAAAUGGAGAAGAAAAUUAAAAAUAUACCUAUAGUGACAAAUCCUUUGACCAUGAUUCACAUAUUCAAGGCUACUAAAGACCCAUUGAAGGCAGAACCCGUAAAAUUGUAAUGAAUGUGCUAUGUGUUAUAUUCUUUUCCUAUGGAUAAACUCACUAAAACCAUACAUUGGAGAAAGCUUACAAAUACAAAGCAUGUGGGUAACCCUUAUUUAGGUUUUUAAAUCUUGAAGAUCCUCACAUAAUCCAUAUUAGAGAGAACCCAUACAAUAUCAAGAAUUUGGCAAGUGUUACAGAGUCCUCAAAUAUUCAAGCCUAACGGAGUAUCACUAAUGGGAAGAAACUUAACACAUGUUCAGAAUUAAAAAAAAACUUUACAAGGAGCUCAAAA